AUGUUACAUGAUUAUGAACUUCACAUUUCCAAGGCUGCUGUCACACCAUUUCCUUUGAAUUUGAAACUUACUUCUGAAGGUGAAGCUUGUUCCAAUCCUGAUCUAUAUAGAUGCUAUGUUGACAAACUCAAUUUUCUCACUCAUACAAGACCUGACCUAGCAUUUGUUGUUCAAUCCCUCAGUCAAUUCAUGCACUGCCCCAAACUCUCUCACAUUGCUGCUCUUACUCAUACUCUUAGGUAUGUUAAUCAUGCAUCAGGUCAAGGUAUCUUGUUGAAAGCAACAGAUAAGCUUACUUUACAAGAUUUUUCAGACUCUGAUUGGGCUGCUUGCCCAUCCACCAGAAGAUCAGUUAUUGGUUAUGUUCUUCUUCUUGGUAAUUCACCUAUCAGCUGGAAAUCUAAGAAACAGUCUACCAUUUCUAAGAGUUCCUCUGAGGCAGAAUAUAGGGCUAUGUCUCAAGCUUCCAGUGAGGUUACUUGGAUAGUCAGACUGCUUUAA